CAUUAUGUAUGAAAGCGGCAUCCCACCACUUGGCUGUCUGGUGUGAAAGGAUCCUAUCAGCACUUCAUUCAUGUUCAGUGUCUGGGAUGUGACAAAGCUGUUCUUCCUUUUGGAUUUUUCCCUCACCACACUCAGAAAACAGUGCACUGGAGUGAUGUGUUAACAGAGGCACCAGGGGAAGAAAGGAAAUUCUUAACCUCUGCAGACAGGAGGCUGAAAGGAUGGAAAGUUGUUAAGGGGAAAGCCAAGGGAAGCAGAAGGUGCUAGAGAACGUCCGUGCUUCUGGAACACACAGCAAUGUUAAAGCAGCGUGAUUUGGGAACAUUCAAGACUCUGAAUUACAGGUGAGCACAACUUUUCCAGAAGGGGAACAUGUACAGGAGCAGUCAGGAUUUCUCAUUGCUGAGAUAGUCAAUGAAUUUUUAAUAAGUUCUGAGCACUGUGGUCAGAUCAGCAGCUGUUAUCUGAUAAAGGCACAAUUCACUGAUUUCCAUAAUCCUAUCGGAAUGGAGUCUUCACCUUGCUGCUACCUGUGCUAACUAACGCCAUGGGAUUACCGGGUCUCAGAGAUGCUGCAAGAAAUAAGACCCACGGGUGAAGGAGAUCACCACAGCAAAGUCCAUGAGGCGUUUCCAGCAUGCGAGCUUACCAUUCCUCACUGAGCUUCAGCCAAAUCCUGCCAGAAACUGGCCAAGAACAGAGGAACCCAAACAAAGAGCCCUCCGAACCUCAGACUAAAUCUGAAUGUAACUUCUUGAACCAGAAUGGAAGGGGAGUCUUACCGCAAUGACACCACAGUCAAUGGCACCCCAGUAAAUCACCAGGCUUUGGAACACCAUGGGCUAUGGGAAGUCAUCACUAUUGCAGCUGUGACGGCUGUGGUCAGCCUGAUGACCAUUGUGGGCAAUGUCUUGGUCAUGGUCUCCUUCAAAGUCAACAGUCAGCUCAAGACAGUUAACAACUAUUACCUUCUCAGCUUGGCCUGUGCAGACCUCAUCAUUGGCAUCUUCUCCAUGAACCUCUACACGACCUACAUCCUUAUGGGACGCUGGGUUCUGGGGAGUCUGGCUUGUGACCUUUGGCUUGCACUGGACUAUGUCGCUAGCAACGCUUCUGUCAUGAACCUUCUGGUGAUUAGCUUUGACCGUUACUUUUCCAUCACAAGACCACUGACAUACCGGGCCAAGCGGACCCCAAAGAGGGCUGGCAUCAUGAUUGGCUUGGCCUGGCUGGUCUCUUUCAUCCUCUGGGCGCCAGCCAUCCUCUGCUGGCAGUACUUGGUCGGGAAGCGGACAGUUCCAGCUGAUGAGUGCCAGAUCCAAUUCCUCUCUGAGCCCACCAUCACUUUCGGUACUGCCAUCGCGGCCUUCUACAUCCCUGUCUCUGUCAUGACCAUACUCUACUGCCGGAUCUACCGGGAAACAGAGAAGCGAACCAAGGACCUGGCUGACCUCCAAGGUUCCGAUUCUGUGGCAGAAGCUAAGAAGAGAAAACCGGCUCACAAGACCCUGCUCAGAUCUUUCUUUAGCUGCCCUAGACCCAGCCUGGCCCAGAGAGAAAGGAAUCAGGCUUCCUGGUCAUCCUCCCGCAGAAGCACCUCAACAACAGAAAAGCCAAGCCAGGCCACUGGCCUAAGUGCUGACUGGGACAAGGCUGAGCAGGUCACUAACUGUAGUAGCUACCCCUCCUCAGAGGAUGAAGCCAAGUCCACCACUGACCCUGUCUUCCAAGUGGUCUAUAAGAGUGAAGCCAAGGAAAGCCCAGGGAAGGAAUUCAACACCCAAGAGACCAAGGAAACUUUUGUGAACCCUCGGACUGAAAACAAUGACUAUGACGCUCCCAAGUACUUCCUGUCUCCAGCUGCUGCUCACAAACUCAAGAGUCAGAAGUGUGUUGCCUAUAAGUUCCGAUUGGUGGUAAAAGCUGACGGGACCCAGGAGACUAAUAAUGGUUGUCGAAAGGUGAAAAUCAUGCCUUGUUCCUUCCCAAUGUCCAAAGACCCUUCGACAAAAGGCCUGGAUCCCAACCUCAACCAUCAAAUGACCAAACGGAAGAGAAUGGUCCUAAUCAAAGAAAGGAAAGCAGCCCAGACCUUGAGUGCCAUCCUCCUGGCCUUCAUCAUCACAUGGACCCCUUAUAACAUCAUGGUCCUGGUUUCCACCUUCUGUGACAAGUGUGUCCCUGUCACCCUGUGGCAUCUGGGUUACUGGCUGUGCUAUGUCAACAGCACAAUCAACCCCAUCUGCUACGCUCUCUGCAACAGAACCUUCAGGAAGACCUUUAAGCUGCUGCUCCUCUGCCGGUGGAAAAAGAAAAAAGCAGAGGAGAAGCUGUAUUGGCAAGGGAACAGCAAGCUACCCUGAAAAGUUAGCAACUCACCUUGAAAGCAUAAGGAUCACAGCGUGGUCUGCUUGUUUUAAAGAAUGUCGCCUGCUGUUCUAGUCCCUGAAGGCUUGUCAAGGCUCGAGGUCUAUUGUCAAAUGAAGAGUCACACAUGCUGCUGCCGUGUGAAAUGAGUCUUGUCUAUUACCAAGGGCACCUGAUGCCACUAGAGCUUGCCAGUGAAACAGAGAGACAGACUCAAAGCCGGUCUCUGGAAGCACACUUGAGUCAUCGUGGACAAUGUCUUCAGGAACUGAUCUGUGAAGAACAGUAGGGACCAGAGAAAAAUAUUCGCCUGUGGCAUUCCGCCAGAGAGUAUUGUGCAAAUGUGUGUGUGUGUGUGUGUGUG